UAUAUACAUUACAUUCCUUUGACUGUAGACAUUAUUAGACUUGCUCUUCAUCUUGUCUUUGUAUUAUUAUCCCGUGAACUCAAUAGUUUUUUUAGUUUGAUUUUGCUUUCUCCAUAGCAAUAUAUAUUUUUGAUUGUGGUGUGGUGAGUUGAGUGGGUGAUGAGCCAAUAGAAAGAAAAAAAGAAAAAGAAAAAAAGGGUAAGAACUGAAUAAGAUGUCAGGGAAAAAGAAGGGUUUUGAAGUUGAGAGUGCUAUCAAAUCCAUUGGGUUGGGUUACGAUCUGACCAGUGAUCUCAGGCUCAAAUCUUGCAAGAAUAACUCCAGAUUGAUCGCUAUCGACCACGACCAACUUCGUACUGUCGAGCUUCCCGGUCGUGUUUCCAUCCCUAAUGUCCCCAAAUCCAUUAAAUGUGAUAAAGGUGACCGCAUGAGAUUGUGCUCCGAUGUACUUUCUUUUCAGCAGAUGUCGGAGCAGUUCAACCAGGAGCUGUCACUGUCUGGUAAGAUUCCAACGGGACAUUUCAAUGCUGCAUUUGAGUUUUCAGGAGUUUGGCAGAAAGAUGCUGCGAAUACCAAGAGUCUUGCUUUUGAUGGUGUCUCCGUCACACUCUACAACUUUGAAUUUGAGAAAACUCAGGUAGUUCUUCGUGAUAAUGUCAAACAAGCUGUUCCUUCGUCCUGGGAUCCGGCUGCCUUAGCAAGGUUUAUUGACAAGUAUGGAACCCAUGUUAUAGUUGGCAUGAAAAUAGGGGGAACUGAUAUAAUCUAUGCAAAGCAGCUGUACUCAUCUCCUCUACAACCUGCUGAUGUGCAGAAAAAAUUGAAGGACAUUGCAGACAAAUUCUUCAUAGACCAAGCUGGACAGCAUAACACCAAUGAUGGGAGGUUUAAUGUGAAGGAAAAGUUUAUGAUGGACAAUGGGCUAUUCAUGGAAAUUCAAUCUCGCUCCUACUACGAUUCAGAGGUGCAAGAUAUCAAGUUCAUGGGCAAGAGGAAAGGUGGAAAUGGGAAAAAAUCUCUGUCCCAUUAUGAGUGGUGCCAAACUGUUUUUUCUCAACCAGAUGUGAUAUCAAUGUCAUUCAUACCAAUUACAUCUCUACUUGGUGGAAUAAAUGGAAGUGGAUAUUUAACUCAUGCCAUAAAUCUCUAUCUACGGUAUAAACCACCAAUUGAAGAAUUGCAUCAGUUUUUGGAGUUCCAGCUUCCAAGACAAUGGGCCCCUGUAUUUGGUGAGCUUGCCCUUGGUCCUGAAAGGAAGCCACAAAAUACUGCAUCUUUACAGUUCAGCUUAAUGGGUCCUAAGCUCUAUGUAAACACAACGCUGGUUGAUGUGGGAAAGAAGCCUGUGACAGGCCUUCGAUUAUAUUUGGAAGGAAAGAAAAGCAACUGCUUGGCAAUCCAUUUACAGCACCUCUCCUCCCUGCCAAAGACCUUCCAACUACAGGAUGAGCCUAAUGGGAAUGCAUCUAAUGCCUCUUCGGAACGCAAGUACUAUGAAAAGGUCCAGUGGAAGAGUUUCUCUCAUGUUUGCACAGCUCCUGUUGAAGCUGAUGAUGAUAACUCUGUUGUGACUGGGGCUCACUUCGAAGUUGGAGAUACUGGUCUUAAGAAAGUUCUAUUCCUAAGACUUCAUUUCUGUAAAGUUGUGGGUGCAACCCGGGUGAAAGGACCUGAGUGGGAUGGUUCUCCUGGCUUGACCCAGAAAUCUGGAAUAAUCUCAACUUUCAUCAGCACUACCUUCUCAGGUCCACAAAAACCACCACCACCACCACCUCGGCCAUCCGAUGUAAACAUCAACUCUGCUUUAUACCCUGGGGGGCCUCCUGUGCCCACUCAGUCACCUAAACUUCUAAGGUUUGUUGACACAACAGAAAUGACAAGAGGACCGCAAGACUCGCCUGGCUACUGGGUUGUGUCCGGGGCAAGGCUUUAUGUGGAGAAUGGUAAGAUAUCACUUAAAGUAAAAUAUUCUCUUUUAGCUGUGAUUUUACCUGAUGAAGAAGCCUCAAGUUAUUGAAAAUAUCAAAUGAGGCAGUGGUCGAAGAUAAUCUCAUCAGAUAAAGUCCGAUGAGAUGGGCGUGUGUAUAUAAUAGUGUCUGAUUCUUUUCCAUUGUACAUUUGCUGUAUUUAUCAUAGGUUACUAGUUGAUGUUGCCAUUAUUUUUGUAUACCUAAACUGCAGGUCUUUUGGAAAAUUCCUUGAUGUAGUUUUGAGAAAAGCUUGUGUAAUCUUUUUGUCUGUAUGAUUGAAUGCACUUUUGCGUGUUAGUGGUUCCAUCUAUAUUUUACUCUCAAGACAAUGA